AUGAAGCUGCUGUUCCUACUGGUCGCCACGGGGGUCCUGGCCCACCCAGCGCCUCAACACAAGUUGUCAGGCAAGGCAUAUGUGGGAUUAAGCCAGGCACUUGGCGGGCGCAUCCCCGUGGGUAUCUACAGUGCAAAGCGGAUCUUCCACGGCUACGAGAACCACGACAACGACGUAGUGUACCUCAACCUCCCGGGGCUCUCUAGCGCCGUCGGUGGCGGCUUCGCGGGCGACGCCGGAGCCCUAGGAGGCGGUGGCCUAAAAGGUGGUGCCCUGGGAGGUGGUGCCCUAGGAGGUGGUGCCCUAGGAGGUGGUGCCCUAGGAGGCGCUGUAGGGAAGAAAGGAGAAGCCCUUGGCUCUUUAGUCGGUGGUGGCUUAUCUCACGCCGCCGGCGCAAUUGGAGCCGCCGUCGGGAGCGGCGCUGUUGCUGGCGGCGAUGCUCUUGGAGCCCCCAUCGGGAAAGGACUCGCCCACGGUGCUAAUGGUCUUGGCGGCGGUGCAUUCGACGCUGGGGAUGCCCUGGGCGCAGCGGUCGGGAGCGGGGUAUCUCACGGCGUCGGCGCCCUGGCUGCGUCAUUCGGCGGCAGUGAGUGGGGCAUGAGACAUCUGAAAAGACGGCAUCCUGCCCUUAUGUCCGCUACAAAUCUUCAUGAAAUACGUGAAAGUGGCCGACGUGUCCGUCCUCACCGUCUAAUCUCUCGUCGUUUCUUCCACGAAGCUGGAGCCCUGGCCGAGCAGCUAGGCGAAGGAGCAGGAGCAGCCCUCGGGAGCCUCUCCCAAACCCUCUUCCGGAGCAAGCGGCAGGACUCGGAGCAAAGUAACGCCAACCAAAUCUCCUUCGCUCUCUCAGGCCUAGGAACCCUCUUCGGCGGCAACCUGGGUCGGUGGUUGGACUCCACCUUCGACGCCAACGUCAAAUUCAUUAACGGAAUGGAAAACGUCGGCACAAUCGUCUUGGACCAGGUCGACGACAUCUUAGUGCGGGUCGGGGACCGGAACAGAACCAAGGCAGACGGCAUCUCUCUCUUUUAAACACCCACACACAAAAAAUCUACAAAAAAAUCAUCUGUAACGACAAGUAUAACGACUUGAUUGUAACGACGCGCUGGUACGACAUAUCAUGGCGCAGACGGGUGCCCAGUCAAUCACCCACUCAACAUUCCAGCAGCAACAUAACGCAUCUGUUAUCAUCUUAAUAUAUUAACACUCAUCAACAUAUAAAUCACCGUCUCUCUCUCUCUCUCUCUCUCUCU